GCACGAAUAUGGCGACAACAGCCACAUCAGCUUAUCAUGUCGCGCAGCUGAUCGACAAGAUGUUGUCGGUAGAUAAGGAUUAUCGGUUCAUGGCUGUGAAUGAUUUGAUGAGAGAGUUACAAACCAAUAGCAUGCGGUUAGACGACGAUUCAGAGAAAAAGGUAGUUCGUUCGUUGAUACGUCUUCUGGACGACAGUAAUGGUGAAGUUCAAAAUCUGGCUGUAAAAUGUCUUGGCACCGUUACACAGCGCGUAAAAGAAGCCCAAGCAGAAACUCUUGUAGAUGCUUUAUGUUCAAUGAUGGUUGCAGGCUCAGACUCGCUGCGAGAUGUCAGCUCAAUAGCAUUGAAAACUGUUGUCGGCCAUCUUCCAGUAGCAAACACACUCUUUGUUACGAAUUUGAUGAAACGAUUAGUACCGAAACUAAAUGCUGCUUUAGAGCAGACGAAAGCGAAUGAUUCAGUCAGAUUAGAAAUUGUGGACAUUAUUGGUGACGUGCUAACCCGUUUUGGCUCCUUAAUCACAUCUGUUCAUAAGGAAACACAAAAAGUGCUACUUGAUCAACUGUCACUUGAACGACCUGCGCUCAAGAAGAAGGCCACAAUAGCUUUAGCAUCUCUAAUGUCUGUUUGUUCACAUGAACUUUUCAAAGAUACGAUGGAUGUUUUUGUGGAGAGGCUGACUGACGCUAGGGGUUCAAACACGAUCCGUACUUACGUAGUUGGGUUAACCUGCGUUGCGAGAUCUAGCGGAGCACGAUUUUCUGAUUACGUUCCAAGAGUACUUCCCGCACUACUGGAUCAUGUGGAAUCUGCUGACGACGAUGAACUCAAAGAGGCGCUUUUGCAAGCAUUGGAAACUUUCACAUAUCGUUGUCCGAAAGAAAUGGCCGCAUAUCAGGACCGCAUCCUGAAGAUCGUCACUGAAGAUCUGACCUACGAUCCCAACUAUUCGUAUUCGGACGAUGAGGACGAAUCAUCGAUGGAAUGUGAGGGCGGAGACACAGACGAGGAUGAUGCAGAAGAUUACUCGGAUGAUGAUGACAUGAGCUGGAAAGUGAGGCGCGCAUCAGCAAAAACAAUCGAAGCAAUGAUUGUUUCUCGUCGUGAUAAGCUGCAGGAGUCGGUGCAGACACUUGGUCCUCUACUCAUCUCUCGUCUUCGCGAGCGCGAGGAAAAUGUCCGGAUAGACAUCUACAAUGCUUAUAUUGCAAUACUGUCGCAAGCGCGACUUGUGGUACCUAAUGCUUUGGCAGCAGUGCACAAAGAUGGUGACCCUGAGGAACCAAUCGCAAUUGGAUCCACGCUGUUCUCGCCAUCGGCCCUAUCACCAGAACAACAGUCGUUGCUUGAGGCUGUAGCAGCGCAGUCAGAUCCGUUAUUGAAGGCGGUUAUGAAGCAGUUAAGAUUGAAGUCUCCAAGAACGCGAAGUCUUUCUUUUGAGUUGUUGGCCAAUUUUGUGAGAACUCUUCCGGGCUCGCUGGCAUCAUUCCUCCCUAGUUUACUUCCCGGUUUGGCAAAUGCCGUUCUCGAUAAGUCGAGUGGGGCUCCAAUGAAGAUUGACGCUCUUUCAUUACUGUCUCGGAUAAUGAAGUCUCACGAUCAUAGCGUGUUUGCUCCACAUUUACGAAGCAUCGUACAGCUUACCAUAGGCGCAAUACAAGACAGCUUCUACAAGGUAUCGGCGGAAGGACUGGGAGUGGCUUCACAGCUGGUUCCCGUAAUUCGAGAUUGUAACGGUGGUAAAUUGGUCCCAACCCUAUAUAAAGCAAUUUUUGAGAAACUGAAAAUCAACGAUAUUGAUCAGGAGGUGAAGGAGCGUGCUAUCUAUGCUGCCGGUCUGUUUGUUGCCAAUUUUGCCAGUGAUAUGUUGUCGAUGGUGCCAACUACCUUGGAAUUAAUGGUCGAGCGCCUCCGCAAUGAGAUGACACGCCUGUAUGCGGUUCGUGCUCUCAUAAUGAUAGUUGAAAGCCGUAGUACGCAAGUUGACUUGUCGGAGGUAGCACCUGUGCUCCUUCCCAUCAUGACAGACUUUUUGAAGAAAAAUUCCCGUGCAUUGAGGAUCGGAACGCUCCAUCUUUUGGAGGCAUUGCUGACGAGGGAUGACCUACCUUCACUGGACUCCGAUGAUCUGUCACAGGCCAUAGCUGAGCUACCUGCUUUGAUCAAAGAAUCCGAUUUGCAAAUCGCACAACUCUCGUUGAAAUGUAUAACAGUUGGUUUGGAAGCUCAUCCUGCUCGAGUUGCACCUCAUUUGCCUUCAAUAUUAUCUGCAGUCAUUCACCUGUCGCAAUCUGCUUUACUUCAGGGUGCUACGCUGCAAGCUUGUUUAGAUAUGAUUCGAACCCUUGUUUCCAAGCCGAUUCCUGGAAAACCAAACUUUGAGGAACUACUGGAUCAGCUGACUGCUCCAGUAUAUGAUGUGCCCAAUCUCUCGCGACAGGCUUUCCAGUCUAUAUCCGCAGCCACUGGAGUCGUUGCCGCUGCUAGCGGCGAUAUUGAGAAGGCUCGAUCUUUGGCAGAUAAAUUGGCCGAUCAACUUAGGAAUGAGAAGUCUACAGACUCGAUCCGUUUGUUCAGUGUGCAUGCUCUAGGAGAGCUCGGUCGACGAUGCCCACGGGUUUACGAGAAUUCCCACCUUGAGCCGGAGAAGCUGAUUAUACCAGCAUUCAACUCCAACUCAGAAGAUCUGAAGGCUGCGGCUGCGCAAGCUCUUGGUGCUCUUGCCGUCGGUAAUCACGCCCGUUUCCUUCCUUUCAUUCUUAACGAGAUUCAGACGCAGCCAAAAAGGCAGUAUCUGCUGUUGCACGCGUUGAAGGAAGUUAUUGGACACGAGUCGACCAAUAUUGUGCCAAUCGAAGUGUUCCGGUCGCGAAUCAGCGAAAUUUGGCCAGUACUGGUCGCACAUGCAGAUGGUAAUGAAGAAGGAACGCGAAAUGUAGUGGCAGAAUGCCUUGGAAAACUUUGCGUAAUAGAUCCGCAUGGUCUCUUGCCCGAGUUGAAGAACCUGGUCACAUCACCGUCUGCUCGUGUGCGAUCUGCGGCUGUGACGGCUGUCAAAUUUAUGAUAUCUGAUGAGAAGAGGCCAAUAGAUGCGGUGCUGCAGCAGUGCAUAGGAGAAUUUUUGCAAACUAUGACUGACGAUGAUCUUAAUGUGAGACGUGUGGCUCUCGUUGUGUUGAACUCCGCUGCACAUAACAAACCAUCUUUGAUCCGAGGUCUUCUCGAUGUCCUUCUUCCUUCCGUCUAUGCUGAAACACAAGUUAGAAAAGAACUUAUUCGUGAAGUCGAAAUGGGACCGUUCAAGCACCAAGUUGAUGAUGGAUUGGACCUUCGAAAAUCGGCUUUUGAAUGCAUGUAUACUCUUCUUGAGAGUUGCCUGGAAAAGUUGGAAAUUUUCGAGUUUAUAAAUUAUGUGGAGAAUGGAUUGAGAGACAUGCAUCAUGACAUUCGCCUUCUCAGUUAUCUUAUGCUCAUGAAGUUAGCAAUGCUUUGCCCGAAUCAACUCGUCCAACGCUUAGAUAAGAUUUGCGAGUCACUUAAGACACAAUUACAAAUCAAACCGAAGCCAAACGCUGUAAAGCAAGAGGUUGACAAGCUAGAUGAGCUCAAACGGGCGGUUAUCCGAGUCGUUCUGGCUUUACAGAAAAUUCCUGAUGCUGAGCGACACCAACAAGUAGCAGAUGUGGCUGCUAUGAUGAGAUCUUCGGCCGAACUUCGUGCACUCACUGAGAUUGUUCAGCGUGAUGCAAUGCGGACGUUCGCGGCUGGAGACGUGCCCAUGGAGACCAUUUGAUGCACUUAUCCGCGUCAUUCUUUUAUGUAUAUUUCAACAGAUGCUAAUAAUGCCCACUUAUCAGUUUUAUAAUAGUGGUAGGCAAUUUGAUGGAAUUUUGCGACUACUAUAUAAGCAGAUUCAAAGAUUUGAUCUGAACUUGGCCUACAUCAAUUUACAUUACUGCAAUGAGGCGAAGUUAGUCAAUGAUAUGCACUUCCAUGCGUGGCUGACUGUGUGAAUCUUAAAAGCCGCGAAUCUGAAUGAAUUAAGGGCAGCUCUUGUAGUAAUUAUCGAAUAAGCAAUGCUAUAUUGUCAAUAGUCAACAGGUUGAACCCAUCUGGACUUUUGCAGAAACCGGUAACUGAAGUUUUUUUGUGUGAGCUUUUGUUUCUUCUUAUUUACAGAUGUAAUCCUAUUUGAAUAAAUUUCUUGCGCGAGA